UGUAACACUUGUUGCGCGCUUUUGGUCGGACGUGUAUUCGCUGGCGCUGCUCCACGUCGGUCCGCUUUAUCCGCGCUGCGCUGGCACAUCGGUGGAAAAGAGACGACUGUGAAGGGGAGCGGAAGCAACUCUCGGUUUUCGUGCAUGACGCGGCGCCCUGGAAAAUUGCAUUUUCAUACGGUUCGAGCAGCUAAUUUAUCGCCGAAAUAAUGGCCAAUUUAUUGGCCUGAAUGUGGUGGGCGUGGGCCCGAAAAAGUGUCUGGAAAAGUGCGAAAACGCUUGGAAAAUCGGCUAUCGCGUUGUGCGUUUUGUUUGCUUUGCUGCUCUGCCGCGUCGACGCUGCUGUGCUGCCGCUGCGCUUCCCCAAAGUGUGAUUUCGCGGAGGCGGGGGAGGCAAUUGUUGUUGGUGGGUUACACUUUUUUUUUUUUUGCUUUCGCCUCUCUGACUUUAACCGGAAUUGUUUGUCGCGUGUUUUUUACGGCUGUGUCUUAUUGACAACUGAACCUCUGCCGCUGCCCGCGUCUACGCUGACGUCGCUGCCCCCUCAUUGUUAUUGUUAUUGUGUGCGGUUUUGUUAUUUCGCCGUCUUCUUCGCUUUUUUAUUAUUAUUUUCUUCUUCUUUUUGCGGCUAAGUGCGCGCACUCAAGGUGAAAAUAUAUUAAGUUCUUUCGAGUGUUUGCUUGUGAAGUUCAAUUUGAAUAAAAUAAAUAUAAAUUCGAUUUACGAUCGUGUCUAUCAGCAAGCGGAUGAUUCAGCGGCUGCUUCUGUUCCUCUUUUCAUUUUUUGGAUAUUCAGCGAUACAUUGUAGCCCCCGCAGGACCUAACGAGGACGACAAAUCAUUGCAAUUAACUCGCGUAACCGACUGCGCCAAAGGAAACAAAAGCUCCCAGCCGGGAAAAACAGCGAGCGAGCGAGACCAACAGGAGCAGCCACGUGAGGAGCUGCGGGCGGUGGCCCAUUGUUGCGCCACCCGGUGGCAGCCACUCCACACACACUCGCCGCUAAAGACCCGAGACCCCGGUGGACCACCCCUCGGUAUUCUAACCUACAGAAGCCAACAAACAUGGGCGACAAUAUAAUUGGCUCGGCCAGCUUCCUGCACUUGGGGGACAUUGUCUCCCUGUAUGCGGAGGGCAGUGUUUGUGGUUUCUUGAGUACUCUCGGCCUUGUUGAUGAUCGUACAGUCGUCUGCCCAGAGGCCGGGGACUUGAGUUGCCCUCCCAAGAAGUUCAGGGACUGCCUCAUCAAAAUAUGUCCCAUGAAUCGAUACUCCGCACAAAAGCAAUUUUGGAAAGCAGCUAAGCAAUCGGCCAGUUCCAACACGGACCCCAAUCUUCUAAAGCGAUUGCAUCAUGCUGCUGAGAUUGAAAAGAAGCAGAAUGAGACGGAGAACAAGAAGCUACUGGGCACCUCCAUCCAAUAUGGACGGGCUGUAGUGCAGCUACUCCAUUUGAAGUCCAACAAAUACCUGACAGUCAACAAGCGUUUGCCCUCUUUACUGGAGAAGAAUGCGAUGAGGGUCUACCUGGACGCCAAUGGCAAUGAGGGAUCUUGGUUUUACAUCAAACCCUUCUACAAGCUGCGUUCCAUCGGUGACUAUGUGGUAGUGGGCGACAAGGUAAUCCUCAGUCCGGUUAACGCCGACCAACAGAACCUGCAUGUGGCGGCCAACUACGAGCUACCCGACAACCCAGGCUGCAAGGAGGUCAACGUCCUCAACUCGUCCACCUCGUGGAAGAUCUCGCUGUUUAUGGAGCACAAGGAGAAUCAGGAGCACAUACUUAAGGGCGGUGAUGUGGUGCGUCUGUUUCACGCUGAGCAGGAAAAAUUCCUUACCAUGGACGAGUACAAAAAGCAAUACCAUGUCUUCUUGCGCACCACUGGACGCACAAGUGCCACGGCCGCCACAAGUAGCAAGGCGCUGUGGGAGAUUGAAGUGGUGCAGCAUGAUUCCUGUCGAGGUGGUGCCGGAGACUGGAACUCCCUGUACAGAUUUAAGCACCUGGCGACAGGACACUAUUUGGCAGCCGAAGCCGAAGCGGAUAUUGGGAAUUCGUCCCAUGAACCACUUCUGGCAGACUGUAGCAAGGAUUCGGGCAUUGGUUGCUCCACCAUGAACUCCACCGUAAAUGACAAACCCAAAGCCAAGCAGUACCGCUUGGUUUCUGUGCCCUACUCAGCAGACAUUGCCUCAGUUUUUGUCCUGGAUGCCACCACAAUGGCCCGGCCGGACAGCCUAGUUCCGCAGUCUAGUUACGUGAGGCUUCAGCACAUCUGCUCCAACACUUGGGUUCAUGCCACCUCGAUUCCCAUCGAUGCGGAUGACGACAAGCCGGUGAUGUCGAUGGUCUGCUGUUCGCCCAUCAAGGAAGACAAGGAGGCUUUUGCUUUAAUCCCCGUUUCUCCGGUGGAAGUUCGAGACCUGGAUUUUGCCAACGACGCCUGCAAAGUCCUGGCCACAGUAACCAGCAAGCUGGACAAUGGAAGCAUCUCGAUUAACGAGCGGCGGGCUCUAAUCUCGUUGCUCCAAGACAUUGUGUACUUCAUAGCCGGAAUGGAAAAUGAACAAAAUAAAACCAAGGCGUUGGAGUUUACCAUAAAAAACCCGAUACGCGAUCGGCAAAAGCUUUUACGCGAGCAGUACAUCCUUAAGCAGCUAUUCAAGAUCCUGCAAGGACCUUUCCAGGAGCACACUGCUGGAGAUGGUCCCUUCCUGCGGCUGGAUGAGCUAAGCGAUCCCAAGAAUGCCCCCUACAAGAAUAUCUUCCGAUUAUGCUACCGCAUCCUGCGACUCUCGCAGCAGGACUAUCGAAAGAAUCAGGAGUACAUUGCCAAACAUUUUGGUCUGAUGCAGAAGCAGAUCGGAUACGAUAUCCUGGCGGAGGACACAAUCACAGCCCUGUUGCACAACAACCGCAAGCUGCUGGAGAAGCACAUCACAGCCGCGGAAAUCGAGACGUUUGUGGGUUUGGUGCGCAAAAACAUGCACAAUUGGGACUCUCGGUUUCUGGACUACCUCUCCGACCUGUGCGUCUCCAACCGGAAGGCCAUCGCCGUCACCCAGGAGCUGAUCUGCAAAAGCGUGCUGAGCGACAAGAACAAGGACAUUCUCAUCGAGACUCAAGUAAAGGCUCUGCGCAGUGGAUCCACCUCUGCUCGCUGCUACAAGGGAACUACUGAGGAUGUCUGUCUCUCCACUCUCGCCGAGGUGGCUGGCGAUGAUGAGGAUCGCUCAGAUGUCCAGUCCACGUCUACAACAACCACUUGGGACAGUGCUAGCCUAAACGAGGAUGAUAGCUCCUCAACUGUGGACAGAUACGAAAUCCAUUUGAAGUGGACAGGACAACCGACAUCUCGUUCCAUGGCCGAUUUGGCAAACUGUGCGGCAGAUGACAAUGAGCUGGAGGCAUCUAUACUGAACUACUACCGACACCAGUUGAAUCUGUUUUCCAAUAUGUGUCUCAAUCGUCAGUACUUGGCCCUCAAUGAAUUAUCCCCCAGGCUGGAUAUUGAUUUGAUUUUAAAGUGCAUGUCAGAUGAAACAAUGCCAUACGAGCUGCGAGCCUCCUUCUGCCGCCUGAUGUUGCAUCUUCAUGUGGAUCGCGAUCCUCAAGAGCCUGUAACUCCCGUGAAAUAUGCUCGUCUUUGGAGUGAAAUACCCUCCAAAAUGUCCAUUAUGGAUUAUGAUGGCAAAAACCAACAACCUGAUCAAAACAAACAAGCCUGUCGAGCCAAGUUCAACACAACUAUCGCCUUUGUGGAAAACUAUUUGUGUAAUGUUGCAACAAAAGUUUGGCUCUUCACAGAUCAGGAGCAGAACAAACUCACCUUUGAAGUGGUUAAACUGGCCAGAGAUCUGAUAUACUUUGGUUUCUACAGCUUCAGUGAUUUAUUGAGGCUCACCAAAACACUGCUCUCCAUUUUGGACUGCGUGUCUGAUACUUCCUCGGGAGCCUUUGCCAGCACUGAUAUUGAUUCUGUCGAUGAGGAGACAAGCACAGAGGCUGAAGGAGGAGUCCUUCGCUCCAUUGGAGACAUGAACACGGUGAUGACCUCCUUGGCCCUGGGUUCCGUGGGUCAAGCCAUUGCUGCUCCGAGCAUAGCCCUACAGCAGCGCAAGUCUGUUUCCCAGCUAAUGAAGGAAUAUCCUUUGGUGAUGGACACCAAGCUAAAAAUUAUUGAGAUACUCCAGUUUAUUUUGGAUGUUCGCCUAGACUACAGGAUCAGUUGCCUGCUCUCCAUAUUCAAGCGGGAAUUCGAUGAGUCCGAAGUGGCGGCCACUGCUGCCAACAUUGAGACUAGUCUGCAGCAAGCCCAGCAGCAACCACCCCAGCAGCAGUCACCACCCCAGACUCCUGGAAGCGGUAACGAGAGCGAUCCCCUGGUCAGUGCCGAGUCCAUGGCAGCUGCCGCAGCGGCAGCCGCCGCCACCGCCGCACGCCAAAAGAACAUCGACCUGGAGUCGAUCGGGGUGCAGGCGGAGGGCAUCUUCGACUGCGAGCGCAGCGAUGCAGCUAACCUGGACCUGGAUGGCCAGGGCGGACGCACCUUCCUGCGAGUCCUGCUCCACCUGAUCAUGCACGACUACGCCCCACUGGUCUCCGGAGCUCUGCAUCUGCUCUUCCGGCACUUCAGUCAGCGCCAGGAGGUCCUCCAGGCCUUUAGACAGGUCCAACUCCUGGUCUCGGACAGCGAUGUGGAGUCGUACAAGCAAAUAAAGUCCGACCUGGAUAUACUCCGGCAGAGCGUGGAAAAGUCCGAGCUUUGGGUUUACAAGGCCAAGGCCACGGACGAACUGGGAGGCCCAGAUGCUGGUGGGGAUGCGGUCAACGUGGAUUACAAUGCCGCUCUGUCUCAGGAGCAGCGAAACGAGUACCGCAAGGUUAAGGAGAUACUCAUCCGGAUGAACAAGUUCUGUGUCACCACUAUCACUGGUCCGGGUUCAGUGGUGAAGCCGCGAAAGCAUGAACAGCGGUUGCUGCGCAAUGUUGGUGUCCACACCGUAGUCCUCGAUCUUCUGCAGAAUCCCUACGACGAGAAGGACGACGAGCUCAUGAAGGAGCUUAUGUGUCUGGCCCAUGAGUUCUUGCAAAACUUUUGCCUGGGCAAUCAGCAGAACCAGGUCCUCCUGCACAAUCAUCUCGAUUUGUUCCUCAAUCCAGGUAUCCUGGAGGCCAAGACCGUGUGCGCCAUAUUCAAGGAUAACCUAGCCUUGUGCAACGAGGUAACCGACAAGGUUGUCCAACACUUUGUGCACUGCAUCGAGAUCCAUGGUCGGCAUGUGGCUUACCUGCAGUUUCUCCAGACGAUUGUCAGGGCAGAGAAUCAGUUUAUCCGUCGUUGUCAGGACAUGGUGAUGCAGGAACUCAUUAACGCCGGCGAGGAUGUGCUGGUAUUUUACAACGACAAGAGCUCCUUCAACCUCUUCGUGCAGAUGAUGCAGCAGCAGCAGCUCCUCCGCCUUGAGAAGCUCAGCGAUGACAGCCCAUUGAAGUACCACGUGGAGCUGGUGAAGCUCCUGGCAUGUUGCACCAUGGGCAAGAAUGUAUACACGGAGAUCAAGUGCAACAAUCUUCUGUCGUUGGACGACAUCGUGACCAUCAUCUGCCAUCCGCUGUGCAUGCCGGAGGUGAAGGAAGCCUACGUGGACUUCCUCAACCAUUGCUACAUCGACACAGAGGUGGAAAUGAAGGAGAUCUACGCCUCGGGCCAUAUGUGGAACCUCUUCGAGAAAAGUUUCUUGGUGGACAUCCAGCAACUCAUCACAAAUGUCGCCGCUGCGAGCAACAAAACACUACAGUCCUACGUUCUCAAUGGAGUAACAAAUCUUCUGAGCAGCUUUUUUGCCAGUCCCUUCUCAGAUCAGAGUGCCAUUGUGCAAUCCCGUCAGAUUAUCUUUGUCCAACUGCUCCAGGCCGCCCACCGGCUGACCCAGUGCAGGUGGCUUUCCUUGGCAGAUCGCUUCAACGUAGAGAACUGCAUCCGGACACUGACAGAGUCGGCCAAGAUGCGAAGCAUUGCCCUGCCGCCGGAGCUGGAGCAGCAGGUGGCCAGCAUGUCCAGCAAGACAGCCAUGCUGACGCGUCAGACGACCAAGUGGCUGCUGGCCUCUAAGCAGCCCAAGUACGAGGCCCAUCAGUCAGCUAACCUGAUGCGGUGGGAUCGGUCCAUCAUAGAGGGCUUGCAGGAUAUCGUCUCUUUGCUGGAGGAUCAGCUAAAGCCUGUGGUGGAAGCGGAGCUGUCGCUGCUCGUGGACAUCCUAUACCGCUCGGAGUUGCUUUUCCCUGCCGGUACAGAAGCCAGAAAACGAUGUGAGAGCGGUGGCUUUAUUCGAAAACUAAUCAAGCACACAGAGAAGCUGCUGGAGGAGAAGGAGGAGCGCAUGUGCGUCAAGGUUCUGCGAACACUUCGAGAGAUGAUGGCCAUUGAUGUGAACUACGGUGAAAAGGGCGAUGCACUGCGUCAGACGCUUCUCCUGCGAUACUUCCAAAGCAAAAGUGCACCUAAACUUCCUGAGGACGAGCAACCGCAACGAGCGGUAGCUCCGUUGGUGGAUCCCGCUAAGCAGCACCACUUGGUGACCCAUGGUCCGGGGGCCAAAUAUCUCCAGAGGGCUGGGAAAACACUCCAUGAGAUGCAGAACCAUCUCGACAGGGAGGGGGCCUCCGAUCUGGUGGUGGAACUGGUCAUAAAAUCCGUACAUUCGCCAAACAUCUUUGUGGAGGCCGUGGAACUGGGCAUAGCUUUGCUGGAGGGUGGCAAUCCAAUCAUCCAGAAGGGAAUGUUCCAGAAGUUCCUCAGCGAUGACCUCAACCAGGCCUUCUUCAAGGUGUUCUUUGAGAAGAUGAAAGAUGCCCAGCAGGAGAUCAAGUCCACGGUGACGGUAAACACCACCGAUAUAGCGGCCAAGGCCCAUGAGCACAAGCAGGACGCCAAUUUAGAGCUGGACAAGAUAUCCCGAAAGCACGGGCUGAAGAGCAACGGGGUGGUCAUUACGGAGGAGCUGAAGCGGGAGCUGCACAACGCCGGACUCGCUACGGCAAGGGCGUAUGGCAACGCACGAAAUAUCCACUCCGGGGAGGAGAGCUCUGCAAUUAGCGUGAAUCCGUUGGAAGACAUUCUCGCAGAGAAACUGGAAAAGCACAAGGACAGCAAGGAGCAAAGAAACCAGCUAUCCAACAAGGUUUUGGUGAUGCAGCCCAUCUUGCGAUUCCUGCAGCUUCUCUGCGAGAAUCAUAAUCCGGAUAUGCAGAAUCUGUUGCGAAACCAGAACAACAAGACCAACAACAACUUGGUGUCGGAGACCCUCAUGUUCCUGGACUGCAUCUGUGGCUCCACCACUGGUGGUCUGGGGCUCCUCGGCCUGUAUAUCAACGAGCACAACGUGGCGCUGAUUAACCAGACUUUGGAAACCCUUACAGAAUACUGCCAGGGUCCCUGCCACGAAAAUCAGAACUGCAUCGCCACCCACGAAUCGAAUGGCUUGGACAUCAUCACAGCUCUGAUAUUGAACAACAUCAAUCCCUUGGGCGAGAACCGCAUGGAUCUAGUGCUGGAGUUGAAAAACAAUGCCUCGAAAUUGCUGUUGGCCAUCAUGGAGAGUCGAGGCGACAGCGAAAAUGCUGAGCGAAUCUUGUACAACAUGAAUCCCAAGCAGCUGGUGGAAGUGGCCUGCAAGGCAUACCACCAGGAGGAGCUCAUCGACGAGCAGGACGAUGGCGACGAGCCGGAUGCCGGUUCGGACGAUGACGAUGCCACAGUUAGUCCAAGGGAGGUGGGCCACAAUAUCUACAUCCUUUGCCAUCAACUGGCGCAGCACAACAAGGAACUGGCCGGAUUGCUAAAGGCCUCCGAGGACGCCCAGUCAGGCAGCUUUGAUGCCAAGACCAGUCAGGCUCUGAUGUACUACGCGACUCACACGGCACAGAUUGAGAUUGUUCGCAAUGAUCGCACCUUAGAGCAGAUUGUCUUUCCCAUUCCGGAGAUCUGCGAGUACCUGACGACGGACACCAAAAUCAAAAUCCUCAACACCGCCGAGCGGGAUGAUCAGGGCUCGAAGGUGGCAGACUUCUUCGACAAGGCCGAGGAAAUGUUCAACGAGAUGAAGUGGCAAAAGAAACUAAGAAGUCAACCUUUACUCUUUUGGAUAAGCAGUUAUAUGUCCUUGUGGAGCAAUAUUCUCUUCAACUGUGUGGUUGUCAUUAAUAUGAUUGUGGCUUUCUUCUAUCCCUUCGAUAACACGGUUCCAGAACUUAGUUCACACAUUUCUCUGCUAUUUUGGAUCAUAAUGAUAUUCUCGCUGGUCAUCGUAAUAACGUUGCCACGAGAGUCGGGGAUAAGAACGCUUAUUGGCUCCGCAAUCCUGAGGUUCAUAUUUUUGCUGGGACCGGAGUCUACGCUCUGUCUUUUAGGAGUAGUCACGGUUACUCUUAAGAGCGUUCACAUAGUCAGCAUAAUGGGAAACAAAGGAACUCUGGAGAAGCAAUUAAUCAAGAUCAUCACCGACUUCCAGUUACUAUACCAUUGCAUUUAUAUAGCAUUUUGUUUUUGUGGCUUAAUCUUUCAUCCAUUUUUCUAUUCCCUAUUGCUCUUUGAUGUGGUCUAUCGGGAGGAAACGCUGGUCAAUGUCAUCCGAUCGGUGACCCGAAACGGACGCUCCAUUGUUUUGACCGCCGUCUUGGCUCUGAUCUUGGUCUAUCUUUUCUCCAUAAUUGGCUACAUGUUUUUCAAGGACGAUUUCCUGGUCAGCGUGGACUUUGAAGACCAAGAUAACGCCUCUCCGGCAGCUUUGCCCUUGACCCUUUCCGUACCACCAUCAGGAGAAUCGUGCUCAGCUCCAGAUGAGCUGGGCAAUUGUCCGGCAGCCCAGCAGGUGGCACCUCCUAGUGGCGGCGGAGAUGUAAAGGAGCGUUCCUGUGACUCCUUGGUCAUGUGCAUUGUAACCACCCUGAACCAGGGCCUGCGAAAUGGUGGAGGCAUUGGCGAUAUUCUCCGGGCUCCAUCCAGCAAGGAGGGUUUAUUCGUGGCUCGAGUAAUUUACGACCUGCUCUUCUUUUUCAUCGUCAUCAUUAUUGUACUGAACCUGAUCUUUGGUGUCAUCAUCGACACCUUCGCCGAUCUGAGAUCGGAGAAGCAGCAAAAGGAGGCCAUCCUUAAGACAACUUGUUUCAUUUGCUCCCUGAAUCGGUCGGCAUUCGACAACAAGACGGUCAGCUUUGAGGAGCACAUCAAGAGCGAACACAACAUGUGGCACUAUCUGUACUUCAUAGUCCUGGUCAAGGUCAAGGACCCUACCGAGUUCACCGGCCCCGAAAGCUACGUCUACGCUAUGGUGAAAGCGGGCAUCCUCGACUGGUUCCCUCGCCUGCGAGCCAUGUCCCUGGCAGCAGUGGAUGCGGAUGGGGAGCAGAUCGAGCUUCGCAGCAUGCAGGCCCAGCUCCUCGAGACGCAGCUGCUCAUCAAAAACCUCUCCACGCAGCUGCACGAGCUCAAAGAUCACAUGACGGAGCAGCGAAAGCAGAAGCAGCGACUGGGCCUCCUCAAUCCAACGGCCCACCAUCUCCUGCCGUUCCAGUGAGGCUCUCUUUAGGAUUUAUAAAUUAAAACUAGCGUGGGGCACCACUCAACUUUGGCAAACAUUCCCUAUGCACCCAUAUAGAUGUGAACA